UUUAGGGCAAAUAAUUCUAUUUUUAAACCAGGUUUCCCUUUUCUCUGCAAUAACAUAACAGUGCCUUGUACUUGAUUGCAAGAAAUAUAUCAUGACUCCAAACUGGAGGGAAACCGAUCCAACUAGAUUUAUUAAAUGUUUAAACUCAGUUACAAACUUUCUGAAUAAUAGGUCCCAUACCCCUAUAUAUACAUAGGCAUUAAAAACGGACACGGUUGGCAUGAUAAACAAACAUUGACAUCGCAGCUGCAUGGAGCAGUUACUGUGUUUUGUGAGAAGGGUUUCCCUCAGCACUUGCCUGGCUGCAGCCUGUUACUUAUUUGAUAACAGCGGAGCAACUACGGGUCUCAGGGGACCAAAACACUACAGCGCUUGCACCGCAUCCCUACUGCCGCCAGAGAGCGCCCCUUCUUCCCGCUCCCGGGUCCCACACAGGACGGACGUGACGUCACGGGUCCGCUUUUGAACCUCUUGCGGGUUCUUUCAAUGCUUCCCUCUAUCGUCACGUAGCCCCUCAAGAGUAGGGAGUAAUAAGGCAUUUGUACCUUUGCGCCUGGCACCGUGGGUGUCUAGCUAUUGGCGCUAGCUAUGGAGCGUGGCCGUCAGGGCCCUGACAGCGGCGCAGGCAGCUACAAAGGCCGCAUGGUGACCCUGUUUGAUAGGCGCCUGGAGCAAACACAGUGCUGCGAAGAGAAAACACUCAGCGUGUAUGGCGGCGGCUACGCGGAAUUCCGUGCGGAUAUGUGCCAGGCUUUUGGCAUUGACCCAGAAGACCAAUUUGUUAUAACCACUACAGACAGGAAACAAGUCACCCAUACAAACUUUGAUCUAAUUGUUCAAGAUGGUAUCACUUUAUAUCUUCUUCAGUCACCAAACCAGUCUCUAUUUUCUCCAACCAAAGAAAAAAUUGACUUUUUGCCACAUUAUGAUACUUUGGUCAAAAGUGGGAUGUAUGAUUAUUAUGCUAGUGAAGGGCAAAAUCCACUACCAUUUGCUCUUGCUGAGUUAAUAGACAACUCAUUGUCAGCCAGUGCCCAGAAUUCGGGUAUCCGAAACAUACAGAUAAAACUGCUUUUUGAUGAGGCUCAGGGAAAGCCGGCUGUUGUUGUUACUGAUAAUGGAAAAGGAAUGAACUCGACACAGCUUAAAAAUUGGGCCAUAUACCGCCUGUCAAAGUUUACAAGGGGUGCUGCUGCCUUAAGUCAAGGAGGAAGCUAUGUCCGGCCUCCACAUGUACCACGCAGCUUGAAUAGUGACAUUUCCUACUUUGGUGUUGGUGGCAAGCAGGCUGUUUUCUUUGUUGGUCAAUCAGCCCGAAUCAUAACUAAAACUGCAGAUUCACAAGAUGUUCAUGAAUUUGUUCUUUCCAAAGAAGACUUUGAAAAGAAAGAAAAAAACAAAGAAGACAUUUACAGCGGUUUUAUUAGAAAUAGAAAGCCAGCUGAUUCUACGCAUGUAACAGAAGAUGAACGUUUUCUUCACAAUCUAAUUAUGGAAGAAGAUGGAAAAAAUCAGUUUACAGCUGUGGUUAUAACUGGUGUUCAGACUGUACAUGUACAGUUUUUAAAGAACUAUUAUCAUUUAUGGAGCAGGCAGUUAGCGCAUAUCUAUCAUUACUACCUCCAUGGGCCAAAAGGAAAUUAUUUCAAUAACAGGAAAAGCAGUUCAUUGCCAUCCACUAAUCUUGACAUUGAGCUCUCCUUGUUUGAAAAGGGAAAGUCACCAAAGAUUGUCAACCUAAGAGAGAUCAAAGAUGACAUGCAAACACUUUAUAUCAAUACUGCAGCUGACACAUUUGAAUUUAAAGCCCUUGUUGAAGGCGAAGGGGUUGUAGAAGGUGUUAUACGUUACCACCCAUUUUUAUACCACCAGGAAACCUAUCCGGAAGAUCCUUAUAAGACAACAAGAAGUAGUUUUGAAGCAGAUUAUGAUGAUGACUGCUUCAUUGUAGAAAAGGAGGCACGUGGAAAAAGACCAAUAUUUGAGUGUUUCUGGAAUGGAAGAUUAAUUCCUUAUACUACCGUUGAGGAUUUUGACUGGUGUGCUCCGCCAAAGAAAAGAGGAUUGUGUCCACCAGAGUGCUACAACAGAAUUUCUGGUGUUCUCUUUACAAAUGACAAAUUUCAAGUCAGCACAAAUAAGCUUACAUUUUUAGAUCUAGGACUAAAGCUGCAAGACAAAAACACACUUUUUACUAGAAUUCUUAAAGGGCAGGAGCAGCGAAUGAAAAUUGACAGGGAGUUUGCAUUUUGGGUAAAGGAAUGUCAUGAGAAAUAUGAUAAACAAAUAAAAUAUAUUGGCUUCAAAGGGACCAUUACUCGUACAGAUAUUGCCUCCAAACGCAUGCAGAGUCCUUGGGCUACGUACUCUUCUAUAGAAUGGGAUAGGAAGACAUAUAAAGCUGGACAGCUGGUGAAAACAGUCAAGACGGUGCCUGUAGUCUAUGGAAGCAUUAAUCGGUUUCUACUAUAUGGGGAUUAUGAAAGUGAUAUAUAUGCUACUGGGGGAGAAGUUGAAAUUUCUUUGGAACCAAAGGAAUUGUAUGAUGAAAUAAAAUGUGUUCCAAUUUCAAAGAUAGACAGAAAUGCAACACUGAGCAUCAUUAAGAAAUAUCUAGAAGAUGAAAUGACAAGGUUUCCUGACACAUUGGCUGUUACUUGGCCAGAAGGUGAUUCAUUGGAAGAGAAUGAUGUAAUAUACGCUGGAUCCCCAAUAGGGCCUUUAAGAAUUGAAAUAUUGAAUAAGAAAGGAGAACCUAUGCAAAAACUUCCUGGUACAGGUCACGCAGCAUCAAAAAAACUUUUGGUAGAGAUGAAGGUGUUGAUAAAUUCAUCAAAUGGCGACAAAGAAAUAAUAUCACACAUUAGUCAGCAUGGAGGUAAAUGGCCUUACUGGUUUAAGAAAAUGGAAAACAUCACAAAACUUGGCAACUAUACCUUGAAGCUACAAGUUGUAUUGAACGAAAGUAAUGCUGAUACGUAUGCAGAAAAACCUCUGCCAUGUAAAAAUAUUAAAUUUAAAAUUGUUGAGGGUAAACCAGUUGGAUUUUCAGUAGGUGUUAUGGAUCCUCCAUUUCGUGUUGGAAUUCCCUUCAACAUUCCUCUAAGCUUGUUAGAUGAAUUUGGUCAUUCAACUUCACCAGUUACAGAUAUUAAACCUUUACUGGAAGCAAGUGGGCUAACCAUGCAAUAUGAAGACCUAAGUACAGAGUCUGGGCUGAUUAUCAAGGGUGUGGUUGCUAAAGGACCCGUGAACAAUUGCCAAGGCAAGAAUUUCAUGUUGAAGGUGGUUUUACCAGGUUUAAAAGAAGACUUUCAGAUUAUCAAGAUAAGAUUGUUACCUGGACCUCCAAAGAGCAUAAAAGUAGUCCCAGAUAAAGAUGUUGUUGUUGUAGAUAAUGGAAUUCCUGUAUGUUUCCAUGUUGAAGUCUUAGAUGAAGCAGGGAAUGUGACAACUCAGCCAAAACUAGUAGCUGAGUGCAAGUUUACAGGGGCUGAAAACCUUCCAACUUAUACACUGGAUUGUAGCAAUUCAGGAACAGGAAAAUUAACUGGCCCUGCACUCCGUGUUCAAAACAUCAAAAAAGCACACAUUUUAACAGCAAAAAUUGAACUUCCUUGUUGUAAAGAUGUCCCUGCUGUGGAAAGAUCUCUAAAACUGGAACCUAGCACCCAUGUAGCAAAGCUGGAUAUCUUAAGUGUGGAUGGUGAAAAAGCAAUUCAAAUUAAACAUCAAGAUGAAAUUGAAUGGAUUGCUGGUGACACAAUGCAAAACCUUAUAUUACAAAUGUAUGAUGAAGCAGAUCGAAAUGUAACCAUCACUUCAGAACUGGCAGAAAAAAUCAAGGUUAACUGGACACCAAAUGUUAACAAGGAAAACUUAAUUAAAGGACUUCUACCCGAUGUUGAAGUAGCAACUUUAGUGAAAGACAUUCGAUACUGCCAAGUAUCCUAUCAUGAUGAUCACGUGUCUUUGGAAAGCGCCUUCACAGUAAAGCCUCUUCCUGAUGAACCAAAACAUUUGAAAUGCAAGCUGACUGGAACCAAUACAUUACAGAUGGGCCAAGAAUUGAAAAGUGAAAUUGUACUGAUGCUUGUAGAUCAAUAUGGAAAUCAGGUACAAUCGCUGCCAUCUUCAUGUAUUCAGUCACUGGGUGUUUCUGGAAAUACUCUGGUCAAAAGCAGCUUGAAAAUUACCUAUCAGGAAGACACACAUUCAAUGAUUGUAGCUGGAAUUAAGUUUUCUGUUGGACCUCCAGGCGACAAAGAACUUUGCUUUGCUUGGAGAUCUUUUUCAAGUUACUUAAAACUUUACCUCAUUGCUGGUCCUCCUGCAAAACUUGAUCUUCUAGACUGGCCUAAAUCAGAGCCAUUUACAGUGAUCAGUGGAAAACAGAUGGAAACCCCUCUUAUUGUUCAGCUCUGUGAUGAAUGGGGAUUUCAGUCUCCAAUGCCAAAUGUAAAAAUUGCUUUGAUAAAGGACAGUGUCCUCAAGAUGAGUCCACAAAAUCAGCAACAGAAGACAAAUAAAGACGGUCAGUUGAAUAUGGGCAUGCUUACAUUUUCUGCACCAAAAGGAGAAUAUUCUAUUGUGAUUAAAGCUUUGCAAAGCAAAACUCAAGUGGAAAACUACACAUUAAAGCUGACUGUUCUCCCAGAUCCGGAUAAACCUGCUAGAGUUAAAUUCAGAUUUGAUCAAGAAGCUGAACUAAGAGCUGGAAGUAUAUUUCCAGAGUUUGUAGUUAAUGUUGUCUCUGAGGAGGAUACUAUCAUUAAGAAGCUGAACCCAGCUAAUUGCUCCAUGAAAAUAUGGAAGGAUCCAAGCAGUGGAGGGAAACCUCCAGCAGGUGUAACACCAAUGUUCUGCAGCAAGUUUAGAGAUGGAGACAAAGAAGGCUGGUUUUAUUUCAGGGAUAAAAUGAUACCAGAUCGUGUUGGAAAGUAUUGCAUUCAGUUUGCAUUUGUGGCUGAGAAAAACAUGACACUUUAUAGCGAGCAGAUAACAGUGGAUGUUACUCCAAACAAACCUGUGAAGUUGGUUCCACAUCCCUUACCUCCAACACCAACAGUAUCUAAUGUUAAAGCUGAAGCAAGUCGUACAUUGGUGAAGAACCUCUGGCUAAAAAUUGUGGAUGAACAUAACAAUUUGGCUGGAAGUAACCUGAAUGGCAAGAUCACCGCGAAGAUUAUAUGUGCAUCUGAGGACAUCACAGAAAUUCCUCAGUUUGAAUCAAAGGAUGACAUAAUUGAGUUUCCAUUUAGAAAGGGAUCUGCUGAAAUCAGUGGCCUGAUCCUUUCUGAAAAUACUACAGGAAAAGAUAGCACAGAGUAUAAAAUUAUGUUCACUUUGUUGUCCCCAACAAUAGAAACAAAGGAAAUUGAACCAUACUACCUUACUUUCAUAUUUUACAAUGAUUUUGAGAAGCAGCAGCAAAUGGCAUCACUUACCAAGGAGAAAGAUCAGCUCUCUCAAACUGUUAAAGCUUACAGAUGUCUGUUUGAUACCUCCAAACAGCUUAUCGGUGAAAUAAGAUGUCAAGCAAAUGAAGCAAAAGCCAAAGAAAUUCACUUUAAGAAUGAAUUAAAGAAGUUUAAGAUUGAGGUAUCACGAAACAAUGAGAUUGAAUACAUUGAGUCACUCAUAAAAGCAAAAUCAUCAGAACGAGAAGUAAUAUUCCAUAAACCUAGGAGAACAUGCUCUCUCACCCCUUAUUCAAAGAGAAGCGCUGAUAUUUUAGGCAAGAUUGCUCAUUUAGCUUUGAUUGAAGAUAAUGAAGCAGCUAAAGUCAUCUCUUGGCAUAUGGCUAGUGAUAUGGACUGUGUGGUGACCUUAACUACCGAAGCUGCUCGUCAAAUCUAUAAAGAGUCUCAGGGUCAUCAGCAAGUUCUCCCUUUGGAUUCAGUUUAUAAGAAAAAUCUCCAAUGGGGCAGGCAAUUACCACACAUACGAAAUGGAAAAAGUUGCUUUAAGGCAUUAGGUAACCCAGUUUUUGCUCGAGAUCUUUUAGUGUUUGAAAAAGAAUAUACAGAACAUUGUCAGAUAGUCUUCGGAAUGCUACUGGGAGAUGCAAUCAUCUUGGACAAUUUAGAAUCUGCUAAUCACUAUAGGAAGCAGCUUGUGCAGUUCACAUUCUGUCCAACCUUGCUAACUAGAGAGGGAGACAGAAUUCGAAGCAAUGGAAAGUUUGGUGGACUACAGAACAAAGCACCUCCUUUGGACAAAUUAAGAGGGAUGGUGUUUGGAGCCCCUCUGCCAAAAGAAUAUGACACCAUUGGUACUGUGAUAGAUCUAUUAGAGCAACUUCGUUCUACAAUGUACAAGACAAAGAGUGUAAAUAUAGAGCUUGAUAACGAACUCCAAAUCUUAAACUCUCCUGACAUGCUUAACAAAAAAGCAGAACUGGACUUACAAGAGAAACAGCUAAAGGUGAUAGAACAAAAGCUUGGCUUGACACCGAAGAAUCAAGGCACACGCUCUGCAAAUAAGCCUUCCGAGCAUGACAUGUCAGAUUGUCCCAUUCCUUCUAAACGUUCAAAAAGAGAAAAUGUGAAAAGAAAGUAGAAUUACAAAACAAAGAUAUUAAAGAAGUUUUUUGCUUAAUGAAAGAAAAUGUAAAUAGAAGUUGUUGCCAGCAAACAAAACAGAGUGAGGAAAGAGUGAGCCAGUCGAAUGUGUGUGCAAAGAAAAUAUCCCAAUCUGUACCUUCUGUUUCAAAGAAAGGUCAUCGUUUUAUAUAUCUCUGCAGAAAACUAUAAUUGCUGUUGGUUUUUGUAUUUCAUUCAUUAUUCACUUGUGUUUUCUGAUGAAUCAACUGAAAGUGCAGUAAUGAAGAUCCAUUACACUAUGUUCUUCCAACUUCAACUUCUAUAUAUAUAAAAUAAAAAGGCAUUAUAUUCAUACAGAUCUACCUAGAGAAGCAAUGCAGACAACGUCUGUGAUAAAUUUUGUAGAAAAUAACUAUUUUAGCUAUUCUGUUUUGUUGCUUCUUGCCUAUGUUUUUUUAUGAUUAGUUUAAAAUGAGCUUGUUAUCUAGUGGGGAAAGCAUUCCUCUGUAGGUCACUGCUGUCUCCAAAUGUGUUUGAAUUUGGAUCAUGGCAGCCUUAAAUAUUUAAAAGGCAAGUAAUGUUCAACAAAAUACUAAGCUGGAAAUUAUGUACCAUCAGAGCUGUAACUAGGGGAAGGCAAAAGAGGCAUGUGCCUAGGUCGCAACAGGGGGGGUGCUAGGCACGUACCUCAACUACCAGUCUGUCCCUAGUUCAGCUCAUCUACCUCUAUUGUGGCAAUGCACGACCAUCAUUCAUCACAUUGCCUCUCUAGCUCUUCACCUCCACACUCCUUCAUCAAGCCACUCCUGCCUCCACUCCUGGCAGGUAGGGACCGAUCGGAGCGGUACAUGUCUAGGGUGCCCCAUAGAUUUGGCCUGGCUCUGUGUACCAUAUGUAUAGGCGUUAUUGUCAUAACCUAGAGGUACCAGUCUUAGAAUAGUGAUGAUCUAUGCCUCAGUAUGCCCAUACAUAUGUUUCUGAUCUUGUUUAGUCUUUUCAGUGUCGUUAUCAAAACUUCAGGUGCUUGUACUGCAGUAGGAGGAUACGGGAUGCACCAUGUAGGCCAGCAUUGUCACCAGAAGGGCGGCAGGCUAAGACUUCAUACUGUUACAGGCAUGGGUACUCCAAGCUGGGACAAUGCAGUCUUUUAUAUAAAAAAAUAUUUCUAGCUUAAGACUUUGUCGUGAUUUUUCUGUCCGUUAAGAGUACAAUAACAUCAUUAAUUGAAAAGUAUUGAAAGAAAUGUAUUGAAAAAAACAAAAGUAUUGAGAAAACAAAUUUUCCAUUUCUUUUUAUUAAGAAAUAUUUUGUAUGCUUGAUAUAAGCCUGGUAUCAGUUAUGGAUACAAGAGUUAAAUUGAUAUGCAGAUAUGUUACUUUUACUUUUUUAUGUUCAAGAACAAAUUGUGAAUAAAUUUAUUCUUUAAAGUGU